AUGGACUACGUACGCUCCCUCAUCGGCGUCAAAACGAAGCGUAUCCGUGUGCCCAGGGUGGCCACGGACGACGUCUACCCCGUCCACUUCUUCGACGACACGAAGCCCUUCCGCGAGAUGCUCCUCAACUGGACCCUCCGCUUCGACGACGUCCUCGACGCCGAAAAGCUCCACGUCUCGCUCUCCAAGCUCCUGGAGAUUGGCGAUUGGAGGAAGCUCGGCGGACGUAUGCGCUUGACUGACGACAACAAACUCGAGCUCCACGUCCCCCAGCAGUUCACCACCGCCCGCCCCGCCAUCCGCUUCUCCCAUGACGUCCACGACUUCAGCAUCAAGGAGCACAACACGGCCAAGCACCUCCCCACCGCCACCGCCAAGGCGUCCGUCCAGCCCGGCGUCAUCAACUUCUACCACCUCGGCGCCCGCCAGGAUGCGCCCCUGACCCUCGAGGACCUCCUCUGCUCCGACGAGCCCGGCAUCUCGCUGCACGUCGUCUCCUUCAACGACGCCACCCUCGUCGGACUGCUCUUCUCCCACGUCCUCUUCGGCGCCGCCGGCAUGCAGGCCCUCGUCGAGGCCUGGUCCCAGGUCCUCGCGGGCCGCGAGGUCGAGGUCCCCGCCAUCCACGGCGCCCGCAAGGACAUCCUCGACGACGUCGGCGUCGAGACGGACCCGGAGAAGGAGCCCUUCCUGCUCGACCCCCGACAGCUCAAGGGCUUCCGCCGCUUCCGCUUCGGCCUGCGCUUCCUCUGGGACAUCGUCCGCCGCCCCGAGAUCGAGUCCAAGAUCCUCUGUCUGCCCGCCGACUUCGUCGCCGCCCUCCGCGCCCGCGCCAUGGCCGACCUGCACGCCAUGGACGAGAAGGGCCUCGGCACCGAGGAGGCCCCCUUCGUCAGCGAGGGCGACGUCCUCACCGCCUGGUGGACCCGCCUCGUCUGCCUCGCCCGCGGCUCCAACCGGCCCGUCACCGUCCUCAACGCCGUCGACAUCACCGGCCGCCUCAAGAGCGUCUUCGCCCCGGGCAAGCUCUACGUCCAGAACUUCGCCCUCGGCACCUGGACCCUCCUCAGCGCCGCCGAGGUCAUGAAGGCCCCCCUCGGCUACGUCGCCCGCUGCUUCCGCUACGACAUCCAGACCCAGACCACCCCGUCCCAGAUCAUGGCCUUCAUGCGCCGCCUGCGCUCCUGCGGCCGCUGCCGGACCCAGCCUUUGUUCGGCGAUACCAACAGCCUGCUCAUCAUCUUCACCAACUGGGCCCGCUGCAAGUUCUUUGAUUGUAUCGACUUCUCCCCGGCUGUCAUCCCCCGCAUCUCAGAACCUGUUGCUUCAGAUGCUGCUGCUACUGCUACCGGUACUACCGGCACUACCGGCGUCAACGGAGAUAUCCAGCCCGCCGCCGACUCCAUCACACCCAAUGGUGCCGGCGACCCGGAGAAGAACAAGGCAAACAACAACGCCAGCAUCGCCGAGGUCCUCAGCCGCCCGCCCCCCGGCAAGAUUGCCUACCACCACUCCCUCGCCCGCACCCGCAGCAUCCUCUCUCGCAACGUCUUCACCAUCCUCGGCAAGGACCUCAACGGCAACUACUGGGUCUCGGCCCUCGCCCACCCGGAGUGCUGGGACAAGCUCGAGAAGGAGGUCGCCAUCUCUUCCAUGGACGAGCUCAGGCGGCUCAACCCCCAGCCCAUGAACUGA